CCCAGACAUGAGAGCUUACGGACUGGCGCUUCCCUAUCGUUCAUAUACCGACGUAACAGUGCCCGGGAUACGAAUUAUUAUACGUCUUUUUGUGAUGGUUCUGAUCAUUUCCUCAAUGUUUAAUGUGACACGCAGUAUCAACGAAAAUGUGCCAUUUAUAUCAAAAAAACUAAACAGUAGCUGCUCCACGUCAUCAUCUAUAUGGCCGAGUUUUUACACACUUUCCGCCGUCAAACGGAUACUUACCCUUUCGAUUCUCCCAACAGCAGAUGCAAGAGCAGUAGACUCAUCAUUUCCUAACCCACCGGCCUACUUCCGCGACCAAGAACAUAUGCAAAAUUAUGUCCGAGCGUUAAAUUAUUACUUCCAAGUGUUUGGAAGACCAAGGUUUGGAAGGUGAUACCGGUCAACUCCGACCCUCACUUGCAAAACUGAUACCGCACAAUUAUAUGCGUG